AUGUGCCACUUUCAGGUCUCCUCACACUGCUGGUGGGUUCCAUUUUGUCAUAGGGUGCUGGCAGAUUACGGGCCUCCCAUUGCUGCUGCCAGGCCCGUAAUCUGUCAUGGGCCCCUGUACCGCCUCCUCAUGCUGCUGCCAGGUCCAGAGUGUGUCAUGGGUCCCUGUACGGCCUCCCAUUGCUGCUGUCUCCAUCGCCACACUCUGCCAUGUGCCACUUUCAGGUCUCCUCACACUGCUGGUGGGUUCCAUUUUGUCAUAGGGUGCUGUAUGGCCUCCCAUUGCUGCUGCCUCCACCGCAACACUGUGGCUCCACACUCUGGUUUUGGCCCCGUGACUGCCCAAAUGAGUGAAGUGUGCGGUGAUUCUAAGAUCGACGGCACUCAUCUGCAUGUCAUACUG